AUGGUAUCGGAUCAAGAGAAACUUCGAUCAAACAGCAAUUGUAGUUGCAUCGAUGGUGACAAAAAUGAUAUCAAUGAUAUCAACUAUGAUAAUAUGAAAUUAACGGUAACAUCGAUAAUGUCUUCAUCAUCGUCAUCAUCAUCAUCAACAACGACAACAUCAUCAACAUCAACAACGUUAAAAAAUGCUGAGGGUGACCAUGACACAGAAAGAUUUGAGAAGUUAUCGACGUAUUAUCGUAGUACAACAGGUACACCUACAAGUUCGGCAAUCAUUCAGGAAUCAAUUAUGAAUACUACAACAACUGCUGAUUGUGAUUUAGGUCAUGCAUCAGCCGAAACUCUAACACGUCCGUCACGUGCAUACAGAAUAAUAGAUAGCAACGUUUCGCAAAAAAUUUUACAACAAUUGGUUGCUGAUAAAUUAGCCGCCGCACAAACAACCGGAAAAGGAACAAAAUUUUUAAAAAGAAAAGGAAGUAGCAAAGGAACGAAUAAUUUUUUCUUCCAACGACAAUCCAAUUUUGGAUCACAAAUUUGGAAUAGAACUGACGAAUUAUCACUCAUCUCGAAAGCACCAAUUUUUCGCACUCAUUACGAUGUCGUUAGGACGUCAAGUUUUAGUGGAAAUCAAACGCAAAUAAUUCGCAAACAUUUGGAUUACAAUCGUAAUUCAUUACCUGUCAAUAUUAUUGCAUUGAAUAACGAAGAACUAGAAGCAACUCGUUCUUCUCAUAAGACAACAGCCGCAAAGGGUGCGCAAUUGGUUGCAACUCGAUCGAAGAGCAGCUCAAGUGUUCUACAGAAAAUGGCUAUAGCUCUUGAUAAUCCUCGAAGAUCUUAUCAUCAUACCUCUUCUAUUGCUACCACUGCUACCGUUGCUACCACUACUACCACUACCACUACUACUGCUACCGCUUUCACCACAGAUCAACAUUACAGAAAUGGAGUGAAUAUCGGAACUGAUGAUGAUCCUGAAGCAAUACAACGACUAAGUUUUGUGAGUUCAUCAACUGGUUACAGUUCAGCUCGAAGUAGCUUAAGAAGUUCCGAAAUAAGCGAUGAAAGUGUUCAUCCACUUAAUGCUUCUACCAACAAGAAAUUGCUAACACAAGAGUCAUCAUUAUCAGAAGUACGCCGUUUAAAACUGUUAAAUAGUGGUACAAUAACACAAUUAGAUCGAAUUGCCAUGGAAUUAUUGGAAACUGAGCGUUCUUAUGUUAAUGAUCUCAAUGACAUUAUACAGGGAUAUUUGAAUUUUCUGGUGGAUCAUCGAGAGGAAUUCGAGAUGACCGUAGACGAUAUUUCCAAUACAUUUGGUUGUAUUGAGCGUAUCUUUCUAUUCAAUAAAAAGUUGUAUCACGAUUUAGAUGCUGCACAAUUGAGCGUUGUCUUGAUGGCAAAAUGCUUAUCAGAUAACAUGGAUGGAUUCAAUGAUUAUGUCAUGUACUGCACUAAAUAUCAAAUAAUGGUUGAAACACUGUCGAUUUUACUGAAAAAUAAAAAAGUGGCUGAAAGUUUAAGACUUCGACAAGCAAUCCUUGGACAUUCGCUCCCUCUUAGUGCGUAUCUGUUGAAACCAGUGCAACGAGUACUCAAAUAUCAUCUCUUUCUCGAAAAUAUUCUAAAAGCUUCAGUGGAUUCAAAAACUUUAUCAGAUGGUGAUCGAGCUGUCAUUCUACAAGCUCUCCAUUGUAUGACUUCACAGGCAGAAAAAAUAAACGAAGAGAAGAAACGUGUUGAGCAUUUGGAACGCGUACGUGAACUUCAGAAUGCUCUUCAUAAGUGGUGUAUCGAUGAGAAGGAAGAUCUAUCGAAAUAUGGUGAUCUACUUUUGGAAGCAACUUUUAAAUUAGCUGGUGCUAAGACUAAUCGACAGUUGUUUUUGUUUGAAGAAAUGUUGUUGAUUGUGAAGGAACGAAACGGUGCAUUAAUUUGUAAAGAUUAUAUUAUGUGUUCGAGCUUAAUGCUAAACGAAUCAAUAUCUGCUGAUCCAUUGGCAUUUCAAGUGCUCUCUUAUGAUAAUCCAAAGAUUCGUUACAACUUCCUUGCUUCAAGUAUGGAUCAAAAACGACAAUGGAUGAAAGAACUGAAACGAAUGAUGUUGGAUCAUUAUGCAGUUCAAAUACCAGAGAAAACUAAAAUGUUGAUGCUUAGUUUAAGUGAUAAUUGUUCGAAAUCAGUUGGUGUAUCCAAUCAACAAGGUCUUGCAUUAAAUGUAAAACUUAAUAAAAAAGUACCGAAGUAUCUUGAGAAACGCCGAAAAAGCAUUGAUGCAAACCAAACAUUCCGUCGAUCAAAUGUUCGAAAACGAAGUUGUUCUGGCAGUAGAAAUAUUUUAAAAGCAUCAUCAACAGGAAAUCUUACUAAAGAAGUAGGAAUGUAUCAGGAAGCUGAUGUUGCUCCAAAAGUUAUCAAUCAUUUCUGCAGUUUUAGCAACGACAACAAGCCAACUACAUCAACAUCAAUGGAAAACAUUGAAUAUGCUGAAGCAUCGGGACGUUCGACAACUUUUCAAAGUUUAUUUUUAAAAAAGAAAUCUGCUGAAACAAGUCGAAAAAGACCAAACUGUGAGCGCAAAAGCAGUCUUGUCUCUCAUUUACCGCCAUCCAUUUUAAAGGAUUAUCGUAUAAAGAAAUCUUCGAACAAUGUGUCAGAUAUUGCUAGCAAUCAGCAUCGAAAUUAUUCACAGUGUCAGUGCUUGACGACAAAUCCUACUACAUCCUUGUAUCCGUCACCUCAAUCCAUUUGUCCACAUCCAAGCGCAAGUUGUUGUGCACAAAAGCAUUUUGAUGAUACGAUGGCCAUUUUGUAUGGAGAACUGCAAUUAUUGAUGAAAAAUGCGGAAAAUCUUCAUAGUUUUGGUGAGUGCAACAGAGAAGAUAAUAAUGAUAGGAUGAAGAUUGGAUCACAAAAUGAAAUAAGCACUAGUCUUGAUGUUUCUGCUAAUGAAUGUAGAGCAAUGGAGUGUAGUACUUCUUGUGAUCCUACAUUAGAAUCAGAAGAUGGUGAUGAACCGACCAGUACUUUCUCAUGGAUCGAAUCACCACAUAUCAAUGAGAAAUUCCGUGGAUUAAGCUCCUAUCAUAACGUUCAUCAUCGGCGACGUUCAUCACAGGUAGCAGAACAGGUAUGGCGAUUACGGCAUAAACAAACGCAAGAUCAUAGGGAUAAUGAAAAUAACACUGAUAAGAAACUGUCUAUUUCAUCGAUAGCAAAGAUGGAAAUGUUGCCCAAUGAUACGAUGACAAGGAUAUCAAAAUCAUCACAAUCGUUGGUACCAAAUCGUAAUAUCGAUAGAAUUGAUCAUCGAUACUGUGUUGCCAGACAACGUACACCACUUACGGUAGAGCAAUGUGCAGAACUUGAUGGUGAAUUGAAUUCGAAUUUGGGCGCAAUAAAAAAAAUGAUUAAACAGUUGGAGAAGCCUAGACCAUUAAUUACAUUAUCAGAUCAACAUGCCAUUUAA